AUGACUGUCUUCCUGCAGGAGAGCGGCUCCAUCUACCUCCAGUUCACCUGCUCCACCGCGCUCCAGCUGGAGGUGAUCUUCGAAGUGCUGGAAGAAUUUGACUGGACCGCCUUCUCCGUUGUGACGACCCGUCACCAUGGUUACGAGGAUUUCCUAGCCAUGGUGGAGGGGAUGACGGACGGCUCGUUUAUUGGCUGGGAGAGGAAGAGUGUGGUGGUUCUGAAUGCGACGGACGACCCUGGUGGAACACGAACCAAGCGCCUGCUCAAAGAAAACGAAGCCCAGGUCCGUCUGCUGUACUGCUCCCUGGAAGAGGCCGAGCUGAUUUUCCGGGCGGCGUGGGCGGCGGGUCAGGCGGGGCCGAGUCACAUGUGGUUUGCUGUGGGCCCGGCUCUGUCUGGUCUGGGCCUGGAGGGAUUGCCCAAAGCGCUGUUUGCCAUCAGGCCUCAGGGCUGGAGGGACGAGCCACGCAGGUACGAGCACAGUCAAGUGGCUCUUGGCUCUUCCCUCAAAACUAAUGGUGGUGUCUACAAACGGCGAGAUUACAAAGCAGCAGGAAAACCACAUUAUUUUCCCCACUGUCCUGCAGAGGGCUGGGGAUCCAUUCAAAUAAGAGGAAGGCGGCGGUACUUCACCAACAUAUCCAUUGGUGGACGAGACUAUUCCUUCAACAGUGAUGGCUACUUGUCCAAUCCACUGCUUGAUGUAAUCUCCUACAACAACGGGAGAGGCUGGGAGGAGGUUGGUUGGUGGGAAAACGGACACCUGCGCCUACGAUACCAUCCCUGGUCUCGUUACGGCUCCUUCCUGAAGCCCCUGGAUGACUCCCAGCACCUACGGGUGGUCACCUUGGAGGAGAGGCCGUUCGUCAUCGUAGAGCCCGCUGACCCGGGGACCAGCUCUUGCAUCCGGGACUCUGUACCGUGCCGCAUGCCCGUUAACUCCAGUGUGGUGGUGGAUGGAGCUGCUCCCAUGAAGCACUGCUGCAAAGGAUUCUGCAUUGAUGUCCUGAAGCGUCUGGCCAAGAUUGUGGGCUUCACCUACGACCUUUACCUGGUGACAAACGGCAGACACGGGAAGAACAUCGAUGGAGAAUGGAAUGGCAUGGUCGGAGAGGUGGUGUCCAACAGAGCUGACAUGGCCAUUGGUUCUCUCACUAUUAAUGAAGAGAGGUCAGAGGUCGUCGAGUUCUCCGUCCCGUUUGUGGAGACCGGCAUCAGCGUCAUGGUUUCUCGCAGCAAUGGCACCGUAUCGCCAUCUGCUUUUCUUGAGCCCUACAGCCCGGCCGUGUGGGUGAUGAUGUUUGUGAUGUGCCUGUCAGUGGUGGCUGUCACAGUCUUCAUCUUUGAAUUCUUCAGCCCUGUGGGAUACAACCGCAGCCUGCAGAGCGCCAAGAAGUCCGGGGGAUCAAAGUUCACCAUCGGGAAGUCCGUUUGGCUGCUGUGGGCACUGGUUUUCAAUAACUCAGUUCCUGUGGAAAAUCCCAGAGGAACCACGAGCAAGAUCAUGGUGCUGGUCUGGGCUUUCUUCGCUGUCAUUUUCCUGGCGUCCUACACUGCCAACCUGGCUGCCUUCAUGAUCCAAGAGGAAUACAUCGACACGGUGUCAGGACUGUCAGAUAAGAAGUUCCAGCAGCCGACGGAGCAGUACCCCCCGCUGCGUUUCGGCACGGUGCCGAACGGCAGCACCGAGGAGAACAUCCGCUCCAACUAUCCCAACAUGCACCAGUACAUGAUCCGGAAUAACCAGAAAGGUGUGGAGGAAGCCAUCGAAAACCUCAAGACGGGAAAGCUGGAUGCCUUCAUAUAUGACGCUGCAGUGCUGAACUAUAUGGCGAGGAAGGACGAGGGAUGCAAGGUGAUGACCAUCGGCUCUGGUAAGGUGUUUGCCACUACAGGCUACGGCAUCGCCCUGCACAAGAACUCCCGCUGGAAAAGACCACUGGAUCUGGCGCUGCUGCAGUUGGUUGGAGACGAUGAGAUUGAUAUGCUGGAGCGCCUUUGGCUGUCAGGUAUCUGCCAUAAUGAUAAGAUUGAGGUGAUGAGCAGCAAACUGGACAUUGACAACAUGGCCGGGGUUUUCUACAUGUUGCUGGUGGCCAUGGGGCUCAGUCUCCUGGUGUUUGCCUGGGAACAUCUAGUGUACUGGAAACUGCGGCACUGCAUCAAGAGGUCUGGAGGGAUGGACUUCCUCCUGGCUCUCAGCAGGGUGAGGCAGAAAAUACACUCAGCAGUAAUAACGAAGUCUUCCAAAGAUAAUUCUUUUAAUAAAAUGUGUUGA